GAAGAAACAGCAUUUGAAAAAGGUCUAGUAGCACUUUUUAAACAAGACCAAAUGCAAAAAGCACCCAAUAUUAUAGAAUCAGAGGUCGCUCAGCCAACUGAAGAAGAACCAUCAUCUCCCAAAAUUGUUCCCUCCUCUUCUCAACCUACUCGUAAAUACUCCACUAGAACUGGUGUUGCCAAAGAA